GCCAGCACCAGCCCAGCUGCACUGGGGGCUUCCUUCCUUCCAGUCCCAGUGCCAGGCGAGGGGGGAAGAGUGCAAAGUGGUGCAGGAGCACUGGCAAUCCAAAAGCACCAGGGCAAAGCAGUGCCACUUGAACUGGGAAAGAGGAGACACAGUUUCGGCUACCCCUUUUAAAAAAAAUUCUCUAUAUAUAUCUACCCAACAAGGGUCAAUCUCUGAGAAACAGGUUUUUUUGCGAUUUUUUUUUUGUGUGGGGGCUAUCCCAAUUCUAGUACUUUUUUUUUUUUACUACAGUUUUUUUAAUUUUAUUUUUUUUACCCUCCUGGUGGAAAAGCGCACUUGCCAAUUUGCCAAGCACUCUGGAAAGAGGGAAAGAGAAAAGUGUCACUGGCGGUACAUAUCCUCCUAAGUUCAAGAAGAGAUCUGGAAGUCCAAGUGGCAGAAGCAGUGGAGAAAAGACAGUGUGUGAAACAGAAAGAGAAAAAGAGCGAGAAAGAUCUUUUCCUGAUGAUGAUGAUGAUUUUUAAUUGAGAGGGAAUCCCAUCCAGUGCACCACAGCAGCAACAAAAAGGAGGCUUUUUUUCUCGUUUUUGAUUUUUUUUUGAGAGAAGAACUCGAUAAAGAAGAAGAAGAAUAAAGAGGGGAAAAAAAAAAGAGGAGGAGGAUCGGCCCCCCAACACAUCCUCCCAAACCAGUGCAGCUCUCCAGGCGAUGCCAGUGUAAAUGCCAGGGCAAUGUCCCGUCGCAAGCAGGGAAACCCGCAGCACUUGUCACAAAGAGAGAUUAUCACACCAGAGGCUGACCAUGUGGAACCGGCACUGGCCGACGAGGACGAGAGCCUGGCAAUAGCAGACCCAGGAGGCAUCAGCAUCGCCGCAGGCGGGACAGACCCCGACUUGUUAACCUGUGGACAGUGUCAGAUGAACUUCCCGCUGGGAGACAUCUUGGUUUUUAUAGAGCACAAGAGAAAACAGUGCAAUGGCACUGGUGGUGUCUGCUAUGAAAAGAGCAUGGAUAAGAGCAGCCCUCCCCCCUCCUCACGCGCCGAGCUCAGGAAAGUGUCAGAGCCAGUGGAAAUCGGGAUCCAAGUCACACCCGAUGAAGAAGACCGUCUUCUCACGCCUACAAAAGGAAUUUGCCCCAAGCAGGAGAACAUUGCAGGGCCGUCCAGGCCUGCAAACCUGCCGGGGGCUCCCAUAGCUGCCUCCUCCCACCCUCACACAUCCGUGAUCACGUCACCUCUCCGCGCACUGGCCUCCCUCCCGCCCUGCCUUAGCCUGCCCUGCUGUGGUGCACGUGCAGUCUCAGUUGGCGGGACUCAGACUGAGAUUCAGACUGAGACGUCAGGCACAUUUGGAUGUCAUUGUCAGUUGUCAGGUAAAGAUGAGCCUUCAAGCUAUAUUUGCACAACAUGCAAGCAGCCUUUUAAUAGUGCUUGGUUCUUGCUUCAGCAUGCCCAGAACACACAUGGAUUCCGCAUCUACCUGGAAACAAGCCCUUCAAACAGUUCCCUUACUCCACGCAUCACCAUCCCUCCUCCUCUGGGACCGGAGACUGUUGCACAGUCCCCGCUGAUGAAUUUUCUUGGAGACAACAACCCUUUCAACCUUUUGCGCAUGACAGGACCCAUCUUGCGUGAACACCCUGGCUUUGGUGAGGGUCGGCUCCCAAACACGCCUCCGCUGUUCAGCCCACCGCCUCGUCAUCAUCUGGAUCCACAUCGCCUUAGUGCCGAAGAAAUGGGGUUAGUCGCCCAGCAUCCCAGUGCCUUUGACAGAGUUAUGCGUUUAAACCCCAUGGCAAUUGAGUCCCCAGCGAUGGAUUUCUCCAGAAGGCUUCGAGAGCUGGCAGGAAACAGUUCCACUCCUCCGCCAGUCUCACCCAGUCGCACCAACCCUAUGCAUCGUCUGUUGAAUCCUUUCCAGCCGAGCCCUAAAUCACCUUUUUUGAGCACCCCGCCACUGCCCCCCAUGCCCCCCAGCAGCACUACGCCUCCCCAGCCUCAGGCCAAGAGCAAGUCCUGUGAAUUUUGUGGGAAAACUUUCAAGUUCCAGAGUAACCUUAUUGUGCACCGGCGCAGUCACACAGGAGAAAAGCCCUACAAGUGUCAGCUCUGUGACCAUGCUUGCUCUCAGGCCAGCAAGCUAAAACGCCACAUGAAAACGCAUAUGCAUAAAGCUGGCUCCAUGACAGGCAGGUCAGAUGAUGGCUUGUCCACCACUAGUUCCCCCGAGCCAGGCACAAGUGAGCUCACUGGAGAAGGACUGAAAUCCAGUGAGGCAGAUUUCAGGAAUGAGAGCGAUCCUUCUCUGGGCCAUGACAACGAAGAAGAGGAAGAGGAGGAGGAGGAGGAAGAGGAGCUUGAAAAUGAGAGCCGACCAGAGUCAAGCUUUAGUAUGGACUCAGAGCUGAGUCGCAACCGAGAAAAUGGCUCCAAGUCGCUGCCAGAUGAGAAAUCCCUCGUCCUGGGAAAAGUCAUCGAGAAUGUAAGUCUAGGUGCCAUUCAGCAAUAUAAUGACAUGUUAGCUGAGAAACAGAAGAGGAGUAGCUUCAUGAAAAGGUCCUCUGACCAGCGAGACUUGUGUCCUCGAGAUCUCUGUCAGAGAGAUCCGGGCGACGAAGACUCAGUGGUAGGAGAGCUGGACCGCACUGAGGAAGGUACGGUCAAUGGAAGAAACUUUGGCCCGGGUGAACCUUUCCCAAACUUGUUCCCCCGCAAGCCAACACCUAUCACGAGCCCCAGUUUAAACAAUUCCUCUAAAAGAAUAAAGGUAGAGAAAGAUUUGGACUUGCCACCAGCAACGAUAAUACCUUCUGAAAACGUUUACUCCCAGUGGCUGGUAGGAUAUGCAGCAUCGCGGCACUUCAUGAAGGAUCCGUUCCUCGGAUUCACAGACUCCCGACAAUCCCCCUUCGCGACCUCUUCCGAGCACUCGUCGGAGAACGGGAGCCUGCGUUUCUCCACUCCGCCAGGGGACAUGCUGGAUGGGGGGCUCUCAGGGCGCAGUGGCACGGCGAGCGGAGGCAGCACCCCCCACAUCAGUGGACCCGGCCCCGGGCGACCCAGUUCGAAGGAAGGACGCAGGAGCGAUACAUGUGAGUACUGUGGCAAGGUCUUUAAGAACUGCAGCAAUUUGACGGUACACCGUCGGAGCCACACUGGAGAGCGGCCUUACAAAUGUGAGCUCUGCAACUAUGCAUGUGCCCAGAGCAGUAAGCUGACGCGCCAUAUGAAAACGCAUGGCCAGAUAGGGAAGGAGGUCUACCGCUGCGACAUUUGCCAGAUGCCCUUCAGUGUUUACAGCACCCUGGAGAAACACAUGAAAAAGUGGCAUGGAGAACAUUUGCUGACAAAUGACGUCAAAAUUGAGCAGGCAGAAAGAAGCUAA